CAAACAAAAAAAACAACAAACCCUAAAAAAAUCAUCAAAAAAAGAAAAAGAAACUAAAUAUGGGUCCGAUCACAUGUUCUUGGAGCUUCAACAAAUGCUUUGCAAUAGUUUUCAUACUUUUCGCAAUCUCGGGUCAGUUCGUCGCCGGGUAUUACAAGCCGAGCCCGUGGAGAUACGCUCAUGCCACUUUCUACGGCGACGAGACCGCUAGUGAAACCAUGGGCGGUGCAUGUGGGUACGGAAACCUGUUUAACAGCGGCUACGGCGUAGCCACGGCGGCGCUAAGCACGACGCUGUUCAAAGACGGUUACGGGUGUGGACAAUGUUUCCAAAUAAUGUGUAGGAAUUCGCCGCAUUGUUACUAUGGAAACCCAUCAACGGUGGUCACAGCCACCAACCUUUGCCCUCCUAACUGGUACCAAGACUCCAACAACGGUGGUUGGUGCAAUCCUCCUAGAACCCAUUUCGAUAUGGCUAAACCGGCUUUCAUGAAACUCGCUAAUUGGAAGGCCGGUAUCAUCCCUGUCGCAUACCGCAGAGUCCCAUGCAAAAGGGUUGGAGGUAUGAGGUUUCAAUUCCAAGGCAAUGCUUAUUGGCUUCUCAUUUUCGUUAUGAAUGUCGGCGGCGCCGGAGACAUCAAGAGCAUGGCCGUGAAAGGUAGCCGAACGAAUUGGAUAAGCAUGAGCCACAAUUGGGGAGCCUCUUACCAAGCCUUUUCCUCUCUAUACGGCCAAUCUCUCUCUUUCCGGGUCACUUCUUACACCACCGGUGAAACCAUCUAUGCCUGGAACGUUGCUCCGGCUAACUGGAACGCCGGUAUAACUUACAAGAGCACCGCCAACUUCCGUUGAGAUUACGCUUUUUCCCUUGCAAACUCAAACGGGGUUUCUUCUCUCUCUUUUUGUUUUGUUUUAUUUUUUGGAUUUUUAGAAGUUUCAGUGGCCUUAUGUUUGUGGGAUUAUGGCCCGGCUUUAUGUUAUACAUCUACGUGUAUGUAUAAUGUUUGUAUGUACCUAAUUGUGAUAUAACUCUUCAUAAUCAAGUCUUGAAGUCAACACUACUUCUUGAUCAAGAGACUUUCGUUUUGUUAUCUCAUGUGAAUUUUUUCGUUUUUUUUGUCUUUUUUUUGUGUGAAAUUAUUUAACCAAUAAAUCGAUUUUGUCCCUUUUAAAUAUAUAAUUGUCUUUUUUUCAUUUGAA